CUUACCGUUAUUUGCUGGGUACGAAACACAGGCUACCUUCCGCAACGACUUAACGAAAACGUAAAAAACCGCAUUUUCUAUAAAAUACCCAUUUUCUUUCAUUUCUAAGGUGUUGAAAGCAUCCAAAAAAGGAGUAAACAAUUGGCACUUGCUUUAGAAAAUUGUUAUACUCUAUAAAACAUAUUUAUUGGAUGACUAGUUCUUUUUACUAGGAUCGUUUUGUGGACCUUUCUUUGUAGCCGGCUAUUUAUAAAAAGAAUACGCGUCGUUCUUUUUUUUUCUUUGAAAUUUUGUGACGACCACAUCUAUACGAUUAAAACAUUAGAAGCAGCACAGCACUUGUCCUUGUUUGCGUCUUACACAUAUUGUUAGAUUUUACGGGACUGGAUUGGAGUUGAAUUCCUUUUUCUGCGAAAAGACCUGGAUUGAUUUUGUUGCUCACAUAUUAUUAUUAUCACUUUUUUUACAAAUGGAGUCCCCUACCUCUUAUGAACCAGCUCUUGUCUACGAAUGGAUUAUUGAAAUUGUUCAAGGUACACAACGUGAACAAGCGUUGGUGGAAUUGUCGCGUAAACGCGAACAAUACGAAGAUUUGGCUUUGAUCCUUUGGCAUUCUUAUGGCGUUAUGACCGCGUUAUUACAAGAAAUCAUAAGCGUCUAUCCACUUCUUAAUCCCCCUACUUUGACAGGACCGACAUCAAACCGUGUCUGUAAUGCAUUAGCUUUGUUGCAGUGUAUCGCCUCUCAUCCUGAAACUAGAAUUCAUUUUUUGAAUGCUCAUAUCACGCUCUUUUUGUACCCUUUUCUUAAUACCCUUUCCAAGUCCAAACCGUUUGAGUAUCUUCGCUUGACUAGUUUGGGUGUCAUUGGUGCCCUUGUUAAAAAUGAUUCUCCCGAAGUCAUCAAUUUUCUGCUUUCUACGGAAAUUAUUCCCUUGUGUCUUCGUAUCAUGGAAAAUGGCUCUGAGCUAUCCAAAACAGUUGCCAUCUUCAUCGUUCAAAAGUUUCUUUGCGAUGAUGUUGGCUUGCAAUACAUUUGCCAAACCUAUGAGCGCUUUUACGCCGUCGCUUCUGUUUUAAAUAAUAUGGUGUUACAGCUUGUGGAUUCUUUUGCUUUUCGCUUGUUGAAGCAUGUCAUUCGCUGCUACCUUCGUUUAAGUGAUAAUCCUCGUGCAAGAGAAGCUUUGCGCCAUUGUUUGCCCGAACCACUCCGGGAUGCCACUUUUGCCCAUGUCUUGAAGGACGACCACAACACCAAAAAGUGUUUGGCUCAAUUAUUAAUUAAUUUGUCUGACGUGGCUGUCGUGAAUCCUUAAAAGACCAAAGCUAUCUUUGAAAUUUUUUAAUUGUUAUAAUUAUCUCCAUCGUCCCUUCUACUCUAUCUCUAUUUAAUGUUUUAUUGGUUUCUUUAUCUUUGGAAGUCUUUAACUCUUCUAAAUCUUGUUUACGUUUUUUAUUAACCUUUAAUGUUUGCGAAAAGGUGAUAAAUGUUUUGUUUUUUGUUUAAUCUAUUAAAAGAAAGGAAAGCUUCAAAGGUUAUGACAUUAUGGAAUUCCAAAAAAGUUGUCUUUCUUUUUGUGUGUAGUGUAUAUGCCUUGUUACUUGUUCGCUUUUUAUUUAGACCGGUACGACGACGACACGGAAUAAAUUAAACAUUAUUGUCUGUCCUUCCCUACUCUGUCUUACAAUUUCAUUCAUAGACGGACAUAAGAAAUUUGACAGAUGAGUGCUCAAUAGCCACCACUCAUUUUGUCACUGUAUUUUAAACCGAUAUCCAGUUUUAACUGUGUUUGUUUUAGAGGAGUUAUUAAUUUUAUCAUACGUUGUAAUAUUGUUUUCAUUUUCUCUGAUGUUAGAUUCUACUGUCAUCGUUACAGAAGUU